UUUUAAAUUUUAGAACAUCCUCAUAUUAGGUAUAAUCCAUUAAAAGGAGAAUGGGUAUUGGUUUCUCCUCACAGGCUUCAAAGACCAUGGCAGGGCCAACAGGAAGAUAUCCCAUCAGAAGUUCCGGAAUUUGAUCCUAAAAAUCCUUUGUGUCCUGGAGUCACUAGAGCUAAUGGAGAACUAACUCCCCUCUAUGAAAGCACCUAUGUCUUCACCAAUGACUUUCCAGCACUGUUGCCAAAUGCGCCAUCACCUCCUGAUGAGAAUGAUCCUCUUUUUAAAAUUGGUGAUGCUAAAGGAACUUGCCUUGUGAUGUGCUUCAAUCCAAAAAGUAAUGUAACUGUUGGUACAAUGGAAUUAUCAAGCUUAGUUGAUGUUGUAGGAAGGUGGAUUCAAGAAUUGGUAAGGCUGGGAGAAAAAUACCUUUGGGUACAGAUUUUUGAAAACCGCGGUGCUAUGAUGGGCUGUUCAAACCCCCACCCCCACUGUCAGAUCUGGGCUACUUCCUUUUUUCCAAACGAACCAAGGAUAAAAGAUUUAUACCAAAAAGAAUAUUAUGCUAAGUACAAAAGACCUCUUUUAAUGGAUUAUGUGAGAAAGGAACUCGAUUUAAAGGAACGUAUAGUUUUUCAAAAUGAUAGUUGGGUGGUCCUUGUUCCUUUUUGGGCUGUCUGGCCUUAUGAAACUAUGAUUCUUCCUUUGACUCAUGUGCGAAGAAUGUAUGAUCUGAAUGAAACACAAAUAAGGGAUUUAGCAGACGCUAUGAAGCGUCUAAGCACACGAUACGAUAAUAUGUUCAAAGUGACUUUCCCUUACUCAAUGGGGUGGCAUGGAGCACCAACUGGAGAGUUCAGAAAUACUCCAAUGGACCAUUGGGUCUUUCAUGGCAUAUAUUAUCCUCCACUUGUUAGAUCUGCAACAGUUAAAAAAUUCAUGGUUGGAUAUGAAAUGUUGGCGCAAUCUCAGCGAGACAUCACUCCAGAAAAGGCUGCUGAAGUUUUACGGAAUCUUAGUGAAUCUCACUUCUAUUUGGAACUUAAAAUGCAAAAAGAAAAAGUCUCAAGUAAAAAAAAGAGAGGUGGUGCAUCAGAUAGAUCAGCAAAAUCAAAUAUAGGAGAUAAAGGGCAGAAAGCAUCAGAUAAGGGUGAAACAAAAUCGAAAACACAAAUUCCAAAAACUUCUAAAUGA